CACACCCAAACUAUUUCGCCAUCCCUACUGUAUUUAUUCACACCCCUCCACCCAGGCAAACACAUACCGCCACCUGUAUCUCGCAUACUCCAGCAUAUACCGCCACCUGUAUCGGACUGUGAUAUUCGUAUAACCAGGAGACAUGGGAUUUCGUGAGGCAUCCAAGUUUUCAAGAAUUGCUUUUGGGUUGGCGGUUGGAGGUUUUUUAACUGAGAUUAUCGGAUUUCCAACACCCUACUGGGUAUCGGGCGAUGGGUUUUCCCAGGGCCUAUUUCAGACGUGUACAAUUCUUGGCUGCAUUAAAAACCCGUCUGAGUCACUUUUAAGCUGGGCCAAGGCAGUGAUUGCAAUGGAGAUCCUCGGGUUCCUGGCCUGCCUGGGCUGUGUUGUCCUCAUGGUGCUGUACGUGCAUGUGAAGAAUGACCAGAAGAUUCUCCAGACUGCAGCAACUGGGUUGGCGUUUGUUGCAGCGGGAUUCAUCCUCGUCGGAGUCAUCAUUUACGGUUCGGAGCUGUCGGGCGCCUCGUUCGGCUGGUCGUUUGGGAUGACCAUAGUGAGUGGCCUGUUCCAUAUUGGUGUUGGUGUUCUGAACGUAAUGGACAAACUCUCACCACAGUGAAUGAGAACAGCGGGCUUGCCACUGUCUAGUGGCCUGUUCCAUAUUGGUGUCGGUGUUCUCAACGUUCUCUGACGUAUGUUGGAGCCCAAAUGUACACAUGUAAGGUUUAUGCGGGGUAUUUUUUAGUUUCCCUGUCUUGGAUCAAUAAAACUGUUCGCUUGUUC